AUGUCUUCCGCCGCCAUCAUCGGCUCGACCGGCCUCGUCGGCUCCAACAUCCUCUCGACCCUCCUCUCCCUCGAUACCUUCAAGACCGUCCAUACCAUCUCCCGCCGCGCCCCCAAGGCCACCGCGGCCAACCUCGAUGCCAUCGUCGAAGAGGACAACUCCAAGUGGGCCGCCGCCCUCGCCGCCAUCGCGCCGCUCCCCACGGCCGUCUUCUCCGCCCUCGGCACCACCCGCGCCGCCGCUGGCGGCAUCGAGAACCAGUGGAAGAUCGACCACGACCUCAACAUUGAGCUCGCCGCCGCCGCCAAGAAGGCCGGCGUCAAGACCUUUGUCUUUAUCUCCAGCGGCGGCACCCGCGGCUUCCUCUCCAGCUCGUUCCCCUACUCCAAGAUGAAGAACGGCGUCGAGGAUGCCGUCAAGGCCCUCGACUUUGACCAGGCCAUCAUUCUCCGUCCCGGCAUGCUUCUGGGCAACCGCGGCGAGGGCCGUGCCCUCGAGGGCAUCUUCCAGGGCGCCGUCCGUGGCCUUGGCGCCAUCAGCCACGGGCUCAAGGACUCGGUCGGUCAGGAGGCCGAUGUCGUUGCCCGCGCUGCCAUCAGGGCGGUGCAGCUCGCCAACGAGGGCAAGGCUCCAAGCAAGUACUGGUCCGUCGAGCAAAAGGACAUUGUCAGACUCGGUCGCACCGAGUGGCCCGAGAAGCCCGCACCGGAGACGGAGACGCCUGCUGCUCAGUAG